AUACAGAUAUAGUUUAUGUUUUACUGGUCGUACGACUGGUUGGUCGUGUGGUUCACGUAGACUCUGAGAUAGUGACACGUAUUUCCGUUAAUUUUGGAUCGUUAUUAUGUCUUCAGGAAAGAAGGGUAAGAAGAAGAAGGGUGUGACUGUCGAUUUAUGGUCGUUCCUCGCUGACGGAAACGGGCCGACCCCUAAUAUACCGCUGAAAUCUUCAAAUUGGGUUGACGAUGUAGAGGAUGAUCAUGAAGGAUAUUCAUCAAGAAGCAGCAAAGAUCCAGUUAUUUUACCAACAGCUCCUCGAGCUGCACGAGGACCUGGAAUUGAUGAAGAAAAUAUCCCUACAAGUCCUCCAUAUGUAGCCUACAUAAGCAAUCUGCCCUAUGAUGUAGAUGAAGCUGAUUUAGCUGACUUUUUUGCAGAUAUGAAGAUAUCCAACAUGCGUUUGCCGAAAGAUGCAAAUAAAAUUAGGGGCUAUGGAUAUGUUGAAUUUGAAGAUCGUCAAAGUCUAAUUGAUGCUCUUUCUAUGACGAACACAACUAUAAAGACGAGACGAGUAAGAAUCGAAGUUUCAAACAGCAGUAAUGAUGAUCGUCGAGGCAGUAGAAUGGGCAGAGACAAUCGUAGGGAUAAUUACGAUGAUCCAGAGCGUACAUCUGGCGAUUGGAGAAGUGGGCCGCGUGAAGAUUUACAGGAUGAAGAUUCUUAUCGCAGUCGAUAUGAUAAAGAUCGAUAUGACAAUAGAGACCGGCGAGAUGAUAGAGACAGACAUGAUUAUGAUAACAAGCCUGGUGCAUGGCGCGAAAGAGACAACAAUGAUAAAGGAUUUAAAGAAAAAAGUGGCUUCAGAGAUGAUAGUAAGGAUAGAGACUGGAAUCGUUAUAGCGAUAGAGGAAGAAGCAAAGAUCGGGAUGGGGACCGAAGCAGCAGUUUUGGACCCCGUCGCAAUUAUGGCGAUUCCGAUUGGGAUCGCCGACAAGACCGAGACGCGAAACCUGAGUCGCGACAAAGACCGAAACUGCAACUGCAGCCUCGCACGAAACCCGUGGAAUCUCUUGGAAGUUCGAAAGAUCAAACUGAAGAAAGUUCGGUGGAAUCGAAAUCAACAACGGGAUCGGAAUCAACUCAACGAGCUCCGGCUCCUACACCCAUAUCGGCAGUCAAUAUUUUCGGCGCUGCGAAACCUGUAGAUACUACUGCUCGUGAACGAGAAAUAAAAGAGCGUCUUGCCAAGUCUUAUGCCGAAUCACGAUCCCGAGAAGAAAUGGACAGCAAGGAACGUAAAGAUGGUACUUCAGGUCGACGUAAUGGCGAAGGACGCGACGACAAGGAGAGAAGCCGACCGACUUGGCGAUCAGAAGAAGACAAAGGUACUCGAGCCGAAAGAUCUGCGCCGCGAUCUCAACUAGCGCGUUCUGAAGAGCAAAAUGAAUCCAAAGCAUCGCCAACUUCGCGUCCUGAACCGCCAACAUUUAAAGUAUCUCAUAAAUCUACUGAGAAAGAUACUCGUGCGGCUUUGGAAAGAGAUCGUAAAGACAAAGAGAAGGACGAAAUUAGCAGAAUGCCAAAGGCAAAGGAUGAACAAGCUCCGAAUUUUGUAGCUUCCAACAAAUAUUCCAUGCUACCUGAUGAUGUGGAUCCCGAUAAUAUUGAUGAAUAGUCCUAAUCGAUUUUUAAUUUGCAUCAUCGAUGAAAUUGUGCCACAUGCAACAUACGAUUAUGCAUUUUAUAUCAAUAAUUUGUUUUAUCAUUAUUAAAUAUUGUAUGGAUUCACACACAUUAUACGCCAGGCAUUAUACUCUUGGUAUUACUUUAUUGGAAUUAAUGUUGAUUUGUAUUUAAUCUCAAUUUUAAUAUUUUCUCAAUACAAAAAAAAAACAUCUAUAUAUAUAUCUACAUAUAUAUUUACUUUAUAUUUCAGUAUGCACGCGAAAUAUGUUUCGGUAUUAUUAAAUCGCAACAUCGUAAAUUUAUUAUGAUUUCAAAGUAAACUCAUCGAUUGCAAUCAUUGCAAUCGAUCAUUUUACAUUUGAUUUUAAAAAUAAUUAUAUUAUACAAAGUAUGAUAUAGAAAUUGUGGAACUUUAUACAUCAUACUUAAUUCGUUGUACAAUAAUUGUACGAUAUUGUGACUCACUUUACGUGUAAUAUAACAAUGCCAAUAUAAAAGGAUAUAAUUAAAUUAAUAAGAGUAUAUGGGAAGAUA